GUGGGAGUCCCGCGAGGGUCGGGAUGUCACCCGGUCCCUGCGAGCAGCCGCGCCCCCCCGCCUCCUCCCCCACCCCGAGCUCGGCGUCGGCCGCUCCACGUGGUCAGGAUCAACAGUUAGUUGAGCUCAUCAGUGACACCUUGAACUUUUCAUAAAGAAAAGGAGUAUUGCAGCGGGGAGACUCGGGCCGCCGCUCCUCCGGGUGGCUCCGAAUCGUCCAGGAUGUCGCACUCGUUUCCCCCUCGCAGAAAUGCCACCGAGUCCGUUACCGGGCUCAGACUUUGGAAGUUAAUUUACAGCAACAGCAAACCACCGCCACCACGGCCGCCCCGCUCCACGCCCCGAACCUUGGCUAGUCACCAGUGCCUCCAGGGCCAGUUUCUCCCUCCCCCCCCACCCCCCCACCCCCCAGCUCGCGUCUGAAAAUGACAUUUCGCCGGCGUCUCGGGAGGGGGGCUGGAUUUCACUUUGUAACUUUCUGCGGAACCCGAGCCCGGGGUGGCAGCUCGGGUUGGUGGUAUCGUAUGCAAAUACGCAUGCUGACGUUACAGAUCAUGUGGGUUUUGGCGUAGAUUCCCCACUGAUCGAGACAUUUUCCCCCCCUCUUUUUUUUUGCCCCCCCUUCUUCUUCUUUUUUUUUUUUCUUUAAAAAAAAUUUUUUUUCCCCCUUGCUCGCCACUCUCUCGUUGCGGGGGCUUGCGCGGUCUGUGUGUCUGGCAGGCUGGGCGCUCGCGGCUCUUUCCCACGGAGCCCGAGCCGGGCGCCCGGAGGGGAGUGGGGAGUGGGUGGGGGGAAAGCCAGCAGAGUUCCAUUUUGGAACGCCCGUGCCGCGUCUCCGCGUUCCCGGCCCGGGUGUCCCCGCGCUCGCCGCCCCGGCGCAGAUCUCAACACACUGCCCUCUCUCAGAAUCACACAGGCAAAGGUUCCCAGGAUGUGAGCUACCCGGGACUGAUAUGAUGCUGCCUCCUGUGUUUUGCCCAUGGAGUGGUCACAGUCUUCUAUGCUGAAAUCAUCCUGAAGACUCAAACACAAAACUUCAGCAUACAAGGGAAGCCAAAGCCAUUGGAGGGUGGGGGGGGGAAGCCAAAAAGCCUUUUGUUCGUUGCAGAUUUUUCACCGGACCACUCCCUUUUCAACCAGCCAUUGCACACAGACAGACAACAUGGCAAGCAAAAGGAAAUCCACAACCCCGUGCAUGGUCCGGACUUCGCAAGUCAUGGAGCAAGAGGUCCCCGAGGAAGGAGACAGGGCCAAAGAGAAAGGAGCGGACUUGCCACAGCCCAGCGCGCCCAAGGACAGCUGGGCUGCGGAACCAGAAAACGCUUCCAAAGAAAACGAAGUGAUCGAGGUGAAAUCCAGCGGGGAAAGUCAGUCCAAAAAACUCCAGGGCGGCUACGAGUGCAAAUACUGCCCCUAUUCCACGCAAAACCUGAACGAGUUCACGGAGCACGUGGACAUGCAGCACCCCAAUGUGAUCCUCAACCCCCUCUACGUGUGCGCCGAAUGUAACUUCACAACCAAAAAGUACGACUCCUUGUCCGACCACAAUGCCAAGUUCCACCCCGGCGAGGCCAACUUUAAGCUGAAGCUGAUCAAACGCAACAAUCAGACGGUCUUGGAGCAGUCCAUUGAGGCCACCCACCACAUCAUGUCCACCGCCACCGGCGGCCCUGGGGUUGGCGAGCACGACCCUGGCAUCCCGGUCAGCAAGACCCCCAUCAUGAAGUCGGGGAAACCCAAAGCGGAUGCCAAGAAGGUGCCCAAGAAGCCUGAGGAGGUCACCCCCGAAAGUCACAUGGACGGGACAGCCCGCCUGGUGACGGACGCUGCAGAGAUCCUUUCCAGGCUGGGAAGCAGCGUGGAGCUGCUCCAGGACUCCCUGGGGCACGUCAUGCCUUCUGUCCAGCUCCCACCAAAUAUCAACCUUGUCCCCAAGGUCCCCGUCCCUCUGAAUACUACCAAAUACAACUCCGCCCUGGACACCAACGCCACCAUGAUCAACUCCUUCAACAAGUUCCCUUACCCCACCCAGGCGGAGCUGUCCUGGCUGACGGCUGCUUCCAAACACCCCGAGGAGCACAUCCGGAUCUGGUUCGCCACCCAGCGCCUAAAACACGGCAUCAGCUGGUCCCCGGAGGAGGUGGAGGAGGCUCGGAAGAAGAUGUUCAAUGGCACCAUCCAGUCCGUGCCCCCGACGAUCACCGUGCUGCCUGCCCAGCUUGCCCCCACGAAGAUGCCGCAGCCCAUUCUGCAGACAGCGCUGCCGUGUCAGAUCCUCGGCCAGACCAGCCUGGUGCUGACCCAAGUCACCAGCGGCUCCACCACCGUCUCUUGCUCCCCCAUUGCCCUUGCCGUGGCUGGAGUCACCAACCACAGCCAGAAGAGACCAUUAGUGACCCCACAAGCUGCCCCAGAGCCCAAGCGUCCACAUGUGGCCCAGGUGCCAGAGCCUUCCCCUAAGAUCCUCAACCCCCCGCUGCCCUCCGCCAGUGACCGCAAGAAGACAAAGGAGCAGAUCUCACACCUCAAGACCAGCUUCCUUCAGAACCAGUUCCCCGACGAUGCCGAAGUCUGCCGGCUCAUGGAGAUGACUGGCCUUGCCAGGAGCGAGAUCAAGAAGUGGUUCAGUGACCACCGGUACCGGUGUCAAAGGGGCAUCGUCCACAUCACCAGCGACUCCAUUGCCAAAGAGCAGAUGGCCGUCACCACCUCCCAGCACGGCCGCACGUACCCUGCCUACCCAGACUUCACCCCCGCCAAGUUCAAAGAGAAAAGCCAGGGUCAGGUGAGAGUCCUCGAGGACAGCUUUGUGAAAAGUUCUUUCCCUACCCAAGCGGAAUUGGAUCGGCUCAGGGUGGAGACAAAGCUGAGCCGGAGGGAGAUCGACUCCUGGUUCUCGGAGAGGAGAAAGCUCCGGGACAGCAUGGAGCAAGCAAUCUUGGAUGCCAUGGGGUCUGGCAAGAAAGGCCCAGAGGCGGUGGCCCCCAACGGUGCUCUGGCUCGCCUUGACCAGCUCUCUGGCGCCCAGCUAGCCAGCUCUCUGCCAAGCCCUUCCCCAGCAACGACAAAAAAUCAAGAACAGGUUCAUCUCCUGAGAAGCACGUUUGCAAGAACCCAGUGGCCUACUCCUCAGGAGUACGACCAGCUCGCAGCCAAGACCGGCCUGGUCCGAACUGAGAUCGUGCGCUGGUUCAAGGAAAACCGAUGUUUGCACAAAACGGGCACGUUGAAGUGGAUGGAGCAGUACCAGCAGCCACAGCAGCUUGUGGCAGACGACCACGGCUACGACGCCCUCUCGAGGAAAGCAGCAAAGGGUGUGGUCACCGAGAGCCCCAAGAAUGGGAGCGAAGCGGGUCCCCCCUAUUUCAAGGACCCCAAAAAGCUCUGCAAAGAGGACUUGGAGAAGUUGGUGCCCAGGGGGAAAGUCGGCAGUGAACAAGUCCAGGACCGUUUGCCUCCCAAGCCCUCAGAGGCCACCUCGGACCGGCCGGAGGGUAACAGCCGGGACGGCCAGGGCAAUGAGAACGAAUCUGGCGUUGUGGACUGGGUGGAGGUGACCGUGGGAGAGGAGGACGCCAGCUCAGACAGGUCUGCAGCCGAGGGCACGGCAGAACUGGCCGACUCCGACUCCGAUGCAGCCCCUGCAGAGGCUGGCCACGCCUAGACAGAGACUUUGUCCGAACUGCUGUGCUGAGACAGGAGACACUUCGUCUUGGAUGAAAGAAGAGAACUUCCCUCCCCCAGCCACCCUGGCCAGAGACUCCAAGUGGAACUAUUCAGUAGCUCGUGUGUGCCUGCAGGGUUCAGGAACCCAGAGGUCUGGGUGGGAAUUCCUCGUGCCAAAGUCCUACUACUGCAUUUUCAAUGGGUCCUUGUAAAUAGUUGCUCCUCUGCCCCAGCCUCCACCUCUUGCUAUACUGGAACGAUUUGUACAAUGUGGUAAUUUUGUUACCUUUUUUAUCAAGGGCAACUUCCUUUUCCAGCACUAUCAUUGGAAGGUGGGUUUGGGGGUUGUUGGGUUUUUUUUUUCCCCAGGAAGGGGAGGGCUAAUCACCUGUGCUUUUUCUCUUGUAUUCUUUUCUCAUUGGUAUUACUGGGGGAGGGGGGGAAGGUUAGCAUUAGUGUCAUUAUAUCUACUGGAUUUUAGGUAGGGAAGAAUUCAUUUUUUAAAGGUAGUCAGAAGUUCGGGAGAUUUCAGGGGAACGGGAAGGGCUAAGUUUGGGGCAUCGGUAGCAACUGGAAGAGGGUUUGCUGUGGGCACAUCUUUCAAAGUGACCUGUGUCCAGUUCUUCCCUCUACCCCUUGCAGGCUCCUUGUUUAACUAAGCACUGGCUUUCAGAACUACCCGGGGCUGGGUCCAGAAUAACAACUUCCUGGCCUACCUGCACCAGGUGCACUGGGUGGCAGGCGACUGUCCCUUAGAGAGGAUUCUGUGCUGGUUCACGUUACCAUGAUGCAUGCAUCAUUAGAACAAAAGGAGCUUUUCCCCCUCUCAAUGGCACAAAGGCCCACGGUGGCUGGUUCUCAUCUCUGUGCCUAGCUGCCUUUUCCCAGAGUGGUACUAGACAAGAUAGCAGCGUAAGGCCUCACCAUGACUUGAUCCUUUGUUUUGUGUGUUUGUUUUGGGCUAAUUUUAGAUUCCUGGGUGCACUUCCUUUACCCCCUUCUCCUCCCCGCACCCCAUACAUACACCCAGUUAGUCCUAACUCUUAAACCAAGAGGCCUAUCUGGUGUAAAUGUUGCAAUAUGAACUGUGUUUGCAAACCAUCCUCCUCCCCCACUCACCGCCCAUUGUUUGAGUACACUGCACAAAUAAAAUACUAGGGAGUUGGAACAAAAGCGGUUUUUUUCUAACCUGUUGCUCAUUUGUUGUAACUCAAUAAAGCAAAGACUAA